AUGGACGGGGACUUAGAUUUUCAGAAUUACCAGCAUUAUGAGGAUGAUUUCAACCAUCAGAAUUAUACCGGAGAUAACAACGAAACGUUUAAUUCGGAAAAUGCAGCCGGAAGAAGCCAAAUUAGUGGCCAAAAACAGAAGGAGGCAAAUGGUGCAGGGCAGUCUCAAGUGCAAGAACCCGGGAAAGGUCAAAUCGGACAACAUCAACAGACAUACUUACCCGGUACAAACGAAAUUGGCGUUCCCGGACUGGAAAGUGGUAUUGGACUAAGUGGUGCAAAUGUGGGAACUCUAAGCGUUGAACAACAGGCACAACAGAACACGGCAGUACAGGAGCAGCAGCAGCAGCAGCAGCAGAAAUCGGUGGAAGAUCAACAAGAAGAUGAGAUGAGAAAUCCAUCGGGAGCAUUUGCAAAUGUUGGCCAGGGGUUAGAAGGAAAGUACAAAAAUCUGAUGAUGCAGUAUUGGCAGGAUACAAUCAACUCGAUCGAGAAGGAGAACUACAAUUUCAAGAAUCACCAACUUCCGCUUGCAAGAAUUAAGAAGGUGAUGAAGACAGAUGAGGAUGUUAAGAUGAUCUCGGCCGAGGCGCCUAUUUUGUUUGCCAAGGGCUGCGAUAUAUUUAUAACCGAGCUCACAAUGAGGGCCUGGAUUCAUGCUGAGGAGAACAAGCGGAGAACGUUACAGAAAUCGGACAUUGCCGCUGCAUUACAGAAAUCUGACAUGUUUGACUUCUUGAUCGAUAUUGUGCCGCGAGUCCCGGAAAAGCCGAAACGAAAGCAUUCACGCCAUUCGAAGCAUGAUAGAGGGCAUUCAGCAGCCAAUCCGAAAGCGGAAACAUCAAGUUCACCAUCAAAUGGGCCUGGAACUGCGUUUGCAUCUUCAUCAGAAGCAUCACCUCAGAAUUUCCAGAUUACUCAGCCAAAUACGACACUUCCAUUACAGCAGCCGUAUAUUACGCAAGGUGCACAAAUCUGGGAUUCACAUGAUGGUGUUCAGCAACAACAAAAAGACCAGCAACAGCAGAAUCAACAACAAAAUCCACAGCAACAACAACAACAGCAGGAACAACAACAUGGUCAACAACAGCAACAGCAACAGCAAAGACAACAACAACAAACAACACCCCAACCACAACAAGGCUACAUAUACAACUCUACGGGUGUAGGACAGGACGGAAAUCCUAACGGAGCACUAAAUGGCUCUGUCAAGCAGGAAGGAGGAAAAUUCAACCUUCCGUACAAUUUCUGA